AUGAUCUCCCCCAACCUCACAGCUAACGUCGAGAUUGACGGCAAGCAGUACAACACCUUCACAGAGCCACCCAAGGCGCUCGCCGGCGAGCGAGCCAAGGUCAAGUUCCCCAUCAAGGACAUGACGGAGUUUCUGCACGGUGGCGAGGAGAACGUGACCAUGAUCGAGCGACUGAUGACGGAGCUCGAGCGAGACCCCGUGCUCAACGUGUCGGGCGACUACGACAUGCCCAAGGAGCAGCUGCGAGAGACGGCCGUGGCGCGAAUUGCGGCGCUGUCCGGCCACUGGAAGAAGGACACAGAAAAGGAGGCGCUGCUGCGGUCCCAGCUGCACGGCAUUGUGGACAUGGGCACCCGAAUCCGACUCGGUGUGCACACGGGCCUGUUCAUGGGCGCCAUCCGGGGUUCCGGCACCAAGGAGCAGUACGACUACUGGGUGCGAAAGGGCGCCGCGGACGUCAAGGGCUUCUACGGCUGCUUUGCUAUGACCGAGCUGGGCCAUGGCUCCAACGUGGCCGGUCUUGAGACCACCGCCACCUACAUCCAGGACACGGACGAGUUCAUCAUCAACACCCCCAACACUGGAGCCACCAAGUGGUGGAUUGGAGGAGCCGCCCACUCGGCCACCCACACCGCCUGCUUUGCUCGUCUGCUUGUCGACGGCAAGGACUACGGCGUCAAGAUCUUUGUUGUCCAGCUGCGAGACGUCUCUUCUCACUCUCUCAUGCCCGGCAUCGCUCUCGGCGACAUUGGAAAGAAGAUGGGCCGAGACGCCAUCGACAACGGCUGGAUCCAGUUCACCAAUGUGCGAAUCCCCCGACAGAACAUGCUCAUGAAGUACGCCAAGGUCUCGUCUACCGGCAAGGUGUCGCAGCCUCCUCUGGCCCAGCUCACCUACGGCGCUCUCAUUGGCGGCCGAGUCACCAUGAUUGCCGACUCCUUCUUUGUCUCCCAGCGAUUCAUCACCAUUGCUCUGCGAUACGCCUGUGUGCGACGACAGUUUGGCACCACCCCCGGCCAGCCCGAGACUAAGAUCAUCGACUACCCCUACCAUCAGCGACGUCUGCUGCCUCUUCUGGCCUUCACCUACGCCAUGAAGAUGGCCGCCGACCAGUCCCAGAUUCAGUACGAUCAGACCACCGAUCUGCUGCAGACCAUCGACCCUAAGGACAAGGGCGCUCUGGGCAAGGCCAUUGUCGACCUCAAGGAGCUGUUUGCCUCUUCUGCUGGUCUCAAGGCCUUCACCACCUGGACCUGUGCCAACAUCAUUGACCAGUGCCGACAGGCCUGCGGUGGCCACGGCUACUCUGGCUACAACGGCUUUGGCCAGGCCUACGCCGACUGGGUUGUCCAGUGCACCUGGGAGGGUGACAACAACGUCCUGUGUCUGUCCAUGGGCCGAGGUCUCAUCCAGUCGUGUCUGGGCCACCGAAAGGGUAAGCCUCUGGGCUCUUCUGUCGGCUACCUGGCUAACAAGGGUCUUGAGCAGGCUACUCUGAGCGGCCGAGACCUCAAGGACCCCAAGGUUCUCAUCGAGGCCUGGGAGAAGGUCGCCAACGGCGCCAUCCAGCGGGCCACUGACAAAUUUGUCGAGCUCACCAAGGGCGGCCUCUCUCCUGACCAGGCCUUUGAGGAGCUGUCGCAGCAGCGAUUCCAGUGUGCCAAGAUCCACACCCGAAAGCACCUGGUGACUGCCUUCUACGAGCGAAUCAACGCCUCUGCGAAGGCCGACGUCAAGCCUUACCUCAUCAACCUCGCCAACCUCUUCACUCUGUGGUCCAUUGAGGAGGACUCUGGUCUCUUCCUGCGAGAGGGUUUCCUGCAGCCCAAGGACAUUGACCAGGUGACUGAGCUGGUGAACCACUACUGCAAGGAGGUUCGAGACCAGGUUGCCGGCUACACCGAUGCCUUUGGUCUGUCUGACUGGUUCAUCAACGCUCCCAUUGGAAACUACGAUGGUGACGUUUACAAGCAUUACUUUGCCAAGGUUAACCAGCAGAACCCUGCUCAGAACCCCCGACCUCCUUACUAUGAGAGCACUCUUCGACCUUUCCUGUUCCGAGAGGAUGAGGAUGACGACAUUUGCGAGCUGGACGAGGAAUAG